CUCUAUGACCGAGGGACGCGUUCACCUUAGUGACCAAAAUUAAACCCAGAUUUUGGAAGACAGGUUGUUGCUGAAAGUUUGAAAAUUUCAGGCCACGCGAAGUCGUUCUUCUUUUCAAACGAACUGCAUACACAACAAUGGACGAAGAAUCUAUCCUUUUUGGCAUCCGCAACCUGUUUGCUCUUGGCAACUAUCAGACUGUCAUCAAUGAUGUUAGUUCAAGCAACGGGCUGUUCUCCCCAGAAGCCAAAUUGGAGGCACAGACGUAUCUUUACCGCUCCUAUGUCGCUCAAGGCAAAUACAACCUCGUCAUCAACGACAUUGCCGAUAACCAAGAAGCCGCAUUGAAAGCAAUAAAACUAUUGGCCACUUACCUGCAAGCUAAACAGAAGAACCAAGUAGAAACUUGUGACCAAGUUCUUGAACAGGCUCGUCAAUUACUUGAAGAGGGCGCCAACAGAACCAAUGCCAGUAUUCAGACAACCAUCGCCACCAUCUUUGUCAAUGCCCAACAAACAGAAGAAGCUCUCAAAAUUAUUCACUUGCGUCAAAAGAAGCUCGAAUGUGCUGCUUUGGCUGUACAAAUUUACUUGCAAAUGGAUCGCUUGGAUUUAGCACGCAAUGAAGUGAAUGCUGCCAAAGCAUGGGCGGAAGACGCUUUGUUGUUGCAAAUGAUGGAGGCCUGGGUUGGCUUACGUGUGGGUGGAGAAAAGUACCAGGAAGCGUUUUAUAUCUAUGAAGAAUUUGGACAGUCCAGUGCGUCGCAAACGAUCAAAGUGAUGAACGGCCAAGCCGCUGCUCACAUUGCCCUCGGUCGCUAUCCCGAAGCCGAAAGCAUAUUGUUGGAGGCAUUAAACAAGAACAGCGAUGAUCCUGAUACUCUUGUCAAUAUGAUCGUAUGCGCUAAUCUUACCUCCAAGUCACCUGAUGUCGUCAACCGCUACGUGAACCAACUCAGAGAAGUCGCUCCCCAACAUCCCUUCAUCCAAGAUAUGGAUCUGAAAUCCAGCUUAUUUGACCGUACCGCGGCACGAUUUGCCUUGGUGGACGCUUCCUAGCUGCAAAUUCUUUACGCAACGAUUCUUGUGAAAAUACUGAUAAUAAACCGAAUACUCUCUUUUGCCAACCAACUGCGAUCACUAUUCGAACGUAGAUAUAGAUUAUAUGUUCCAAGCUCGAAUUUAUCGAUAACCAUGCUGUCGUUUAACGGGCUUAGUGGCGUGAUGGCAGGUCCGUUUUUUCUUUGGGCUGUCCGCACCGAUCACCACCCAAAAUGGCUGGCGUUUCCGUACCCAAAGUUUUCUCCGCUACUUUUUCUGGGCUACCCAUUCUACAGCUGGCUUUGAAAUUGUGAAAAUUCGUGCCACGUGCACGCC